CACGGUGCUUCACGCCUUUGCAUUUAUCUUAUAGUUGGAUUUUAUGUGGGAUUCAAUUUCUAAUAAGAAUCACUCUUUCAUCUGUGACAUCUAAAGGGCGUUAAAGUGGCCACUUGCAACAGCUCUGAAGAGCGUGUUCAUCCAUUAUGGCUGCGGAACUGACGUCCACCAAGCUUAAUGCGGAGAACCAUCUCCUACUGGAUCAACCCCUUCUCAAACUGCCCUAUGAGCUGUCACGGAGAAACUUCAAGUCCGUCCAGCGACUUGUCGAGCGGGAGAAGGAUUACACUCUCCCGGCACUCAAGGACACCGCCAAUGCAUCACUAUCUAAUACCCAAACACCCGAGCAGUCGCUCGCAGCUCUCGACGCGAUGAUAUCUCGGAUGCAGGGGCUCAAACGGAAGAUGGAAGGCUUGCACCAGGAGGAGAAGAAGAUACACGACCAAUCAAGGAAGCGCAUACACCAUCUAGAAUCGUUGCACCAUAUUCCUAGUCUGGCAGACGUGAAGUACGAUCAGUGGUCGAGAGUACGGCUUGACCGAUUGAUAGUGGACCAUAUGCUACGGUCUGGUUACACGGAGAGUGCUCAGCAGCUGGCGAAAGAGAAAGACAUCGAAGACCUGGUAGAUCUCAACGUCUUCGUGCAGUGCCAGCGGAUCGCGGAGAGUCUUCGUCGAGGAGAGACGAAGGAUGCUCUGCAGUGGUGUAGUGAGAACAAAGCAGCAUUAAAACGAAGCCAGGUCCGUCCAUCCGUCCGUUUGAUUCUUCCCUCCCAUCGGCAUUUACAAUUGGCGCUAUCUAUUGAAGACCAAAGGCAAAGGCUAACUCGCCAUGUACAGUAUAAUUUAGAAUUUGAAUUGCGGCUGCAACAGUACAUUGAAAUCAUUAGGGCUGGCGAUCGAACCAAAUAUGUUGACGCAAUGAACCACGCGAAGAAGUAUCUCACUCCGUACAUCGACACACAAUCAGCCGAAAUACAUCGGGCUGCAGGGCUUCUUGCCUUCCCUCGAGACACAAAGGCUGAACCUUACAAGUCCUUGUAUGCCCCAGAAAGAUGGUCUCGUUUGUCUGAGCUCUUUGUUCGCACUCAUCAUGAAUUGCUGUCCUUGCCAUCACGGCCGUUGCUACAUAUCGCCUUGUCUGCCGGACUAUCGGCUCUCAAAACACCCGCAUGCCACUCGGCUUAUACCUCCUCGAGUUCCAAUUCAUUAUCCACCACGACAUCCGUCUGUCCGAUAUGUUCCACCGAACUCAACGAGCUUUCGCGCAGUCUGCCGUACGCACACCAUACGAAGAGUUAUGUGGAGAAUGACCCGAUCGUGCUACCAAACGGCAGGGUAUAUGGCCAACACCGGCUACUCGAAAUGAGCAAGAAGGUCGGCUGUGUUGAAGCCGGCAAGGUUAAGGAUCCUACCACUGCCGAGGUUUUCGAUGAAAGCGAGAUGAAGAAGGUUUAUAUCAUGUGAUGGAUUGAGUUCAGAGCAUGUUUUUGGAUGUCACUUGUUACCAUGUCUGGACCCUUUCUUCUGCUGCUACCAACGACUCGGGUGUUUGAUGA